UGAAGCAAUACACUCGAGCGGCAAACGCUGGUGUGCGCGUGAAGUGUCUCUGUUGAAGCUUUUCUCCCAAACGGACGAUCACCGAGGAUAUUUAGGCAGUGCGUUGGGUAAAUAAAGAUCAGACGUCGCUCUCCAAAACCUCACUGUGGCGCGCAAGAACAAGAGGAGCAGGGAUUGCCUUCGGGACUGCGCUUUAUAUUGUCUCCAAGAGCUUGUUGGGACUACAUGAAUCACUGAAUAACAUGAAUUCUGGAGGCAAAACGUGUCUUGCGUGAAUCCAAACGCAGAAAGCUAUUGAUCGGAGGACAGACUGGAGCGACCGGCUGAGAGGCGAAACAUUAUUGUCUGUGAUAUUCCACCGUCUUUCAAAUCCUAGAGGCAAAGAAGAAGUAAGAUAAGAUUUUGUUUUUACAGCCGACACGCUGACUUACUGGACUGACUUUUCCGAGAGGUUACACUCUGAAGAACAAACAACGUGUUUAUGGAUUGCUGCGCAGCGAGGAACACCGGGAGUUGUAGGCUACGCUCUUAUGCAUCGAUCAUGUUGAUACCUCGCUGUUGCUGUGAACUUUGAUAGAUGUUUACGGAAAUAACUCAGUAAUAUAGAUAUACCUUUUAAAUAAAUACGCUCAGAUAAGAUCAGAUUGACCUCUGGAGGAAGUGGGAAGCGCCUUUUCGCCCUUCCUCGUUUUUUUCUCUCCCAAGACGUCAGGACGGAUCUCAGUCUCUCCUUCUGUGAUUUAAACAAAGACCAAAGUGUUUGGGGAUAGCAUGGCAAUGGUAGUAAACCAGUGGCCAGAGAACAUUUCUGCAGAUCCGGGAGCUCAGCUCCAGAUAUGCAGCCAGGAGCCCGGCGGGGCACCUGGGACCCCCAACGGUUCCACCCCGGGGAACGACGCACUUUCCGGGGACAAAAUACCCAACGUGGACUGCAUGGUGUGCGGGGACAAGUCCAGUGGGAAGCAUUACGGUCAGUUCACCUGCGAGGGAUGCAAAAGCUUCUUUAAGCGCUCGGUGAGGCGGAACCUCUCUUACACCUGCCGGGGGAACCGAGACUGUCCCAUCGACCAGCACCACCGGAACCAGUGUCAGUACUGCCGGCUGAAGAAGUGCCUGAAAGUCGGCAUGAGAAGAGAGGCUGUACAGCGAGGACGUACAUCGAACUCCCAGAGCAGCCCAGGACAGUACCUGACCAACGGCACCGACCCGUACAACGGCCAGCCUUACCUAUCCGGCUUCAUUUCUCUGUUGCUGCGCGCCGAACCCUACCCCACAUCUCGCUACGGGGCCCAGUGCAUGCAGGGAAACAACCUGAUGGGCAUUGAGAACAUCUGCGAGCUGGCGGCCAGGCUGCUCUUCAGUGCUGUCGAGUGGGCCAAGAACAUCCCAUUCUUCCCCGAUCUGCAGCUCAUGGAUCAGGUGGCUCUGUUGCGUAUGUCAUGGAGCGAGCUCUUCGUCCUCAACGCCGCCCAGUGCUCCAUGCCGCUCCACGUGGCCCCUCUGUUGGCAGCGGCAGGCCUGCACGCAUCGCCCAUGUCAGCGGAGCGCGUGGGCUUCAUGGAUCACAUCCGCGUCUUCCAGGAGCAGGUGGAGAAGCUGAAGGCCCUGCAGGUCGACACGGCUGAAUAUUCCUGCCUCAAGUCCAUCGUGCUCUUCACGUCUGAUGCUAUGGGGCUUUCAGACGUUGCACACGUGGAGAGCAUCCAGGAGAAGUCCCAGUGUGCCCUGGAGGAGUAUGUAAGGAACCAGUACCCCAGCCAGCCGAACCGUUUUGGACGUCUCCUCCUCCGCCUGCCCUCCCUGCGCAUCGUCUCCUCUCCGGUCAUCGAGCAGUUGUUUUUCGUUCGCCUUGUAGGCAAGACACCCAUCGAGACACUGCUCCGCGACAUGCUGCUCUCGGGCUCCAGCUACAACUGGCCGUACAUGCCCACCGUGCAGCGCGACCGGCCCAUCUCCCUCCACUACAACGAGAACGGGCCCUGAGGUGAACAGACAGACGAAGGAGAAGCUGCGGGAGGAAUUCAGGCUGAACGUCCAUCUAACUACUCAUCCAUUCAUCUAUCCUUCCUUUCAUUCUCUGCGUUCAACUUCUCAGCUUUCCCAGAGGGAGAACCUCCCUCACCAUUCCGCUCAAAAAUCCAGACUGACUUUAUAAUCCGUUACCGCCCAGUUUACACAAGCCAGCAAGUCAUUCAUGGCCGUUGCAGAGACUUGGUGGCCCGUUUCAGCUGACAGUGCAGUCUACAUUUGAGAUGUGGCACAAGAUGGACAAGUUGAUAGAAUGGUAUAUUGUGCAGUUCACUAGCAGGUCUGUUGGACUCAAUUCAGAUGUCAAUCUCAAACCCGAUGAAAACAGGGGCAGCAAAAGACAAAACAUUUACUUUAUUGUUGGUGCUAUGCCUACAUUUACAGAGGCUGUGUACAAGCAUCUCAGUAUGGUGAAUACUGAGAAAGAGCUUUGCCAAUGGGACUCUACAACCAAGAGCGCAAGGCCCGUUGUAUAUUCACCACUUUUUCAAAAGAAACCUAGAAGCCAUUUAAAAAAUGAAAAAAAGACAAAUGCCAAAAUGUCUUGGACUUUUGCAGAGGACAUGUUUUAAUGUGUGUGUUUGUAUUAGCACUGUUUAUAUGGAGAGAAAAAUCAUGAUUGUGUCCAUAUGUACAGUAUAUUGUUGAUUCAUAGGCAUCUAUAGCAUAUUAGGGUUCAAUGUGAGAAGCUCAGGUUCCAAGGGUGGGUAGACAGACAGACAGACAGACAGAUAGACAGACAGACAGACAGACAGACAAUAUCAAUACAAGAACAAAAAGACAAACCAAGUCAAAUUUUACACUUAUCAGCAGCCUGUGCCAAAGCUGAAAAUGCAUAUUGUUUGGAUAUUUUUGUGGUAGUGUUGGUGAUGAAAAUGUAAUGUUUGGUUUGUCCAUAAUUUGAUUAUAUAAUUGUUUUUGGGUCUCAGGGGCAGAGAUGGAGUUUGUAAAAGAAGAUACAACUAAAAGCUUAGGCACUUGCAUUGUAAACUAGUCAGAACCUACACUUAUUCACUCCUGUAAAAUCACAGCACUGGUAGAUUCUUGCUACGCAUUUGAUCGAUCUACCUUUUUACUUAUUCAAAAGGCCCAUUACAUCUCCUCACGUGUUGUUAUCCCAGGAGUGACACAACUCAUCCACAUUAUUGUUUUAUUGUCAUGAUUGUCAAUAUUGGACCUUUUGGACUAGGGGUGGGGCGCAUUUUACAAAACUAGCUGUACUUGCCUUAGAACAAAGAUUUUGUCACUGAGCAUUUAUCUUAUGACUGUGCCAUAAUCUCUCGUUACCUGUUAUAACAGGUAUUAUGUCCUGACAGGAGAGGAAAUGAACUCACAUGAUGUAAAAUUGAUUAAUGUGCACAUUAAGUCAUAGAGAAGUGAUGCAAAAUACAGAGAUUUUUUUAAUGCAUCAAUAGAGGUAACAGACAUCUCUGCUCUAAUAUCAUCAGCACUUUCUUUUUUUAGACCUUAUGCGAGUUCUUUUCCACUUCCUGAUGAUUUUGUCAUGUAGGGAAAACCCCCUCGACUCAUGUCAUUUGAGCUUAUCGUAACGAUACCGUAGAGAAAAGUAUCACUAACCUCUGAAAACCUCAGUCUAUGUUACACUAUUAUCCCAGUUGGACUUAUGACUGUGACUUAGCUUAGGACUAUUUUAAGUUUUUUUUUUUUUUUUCUCUUCCCCUUGGUGGAAGCAAGUUUGUUUUGACAACCUGUCUCACAUUUCCAACAUGGCACUGUGGUAUCAACAUUGGCAUUGGAAAAGCCAUCUGGGACCUUAGAAAGCUGUCUGUUGAUGAACGAAUUCACAGAAAGUUCCUAUGAGUUUGUUUUUAUCCUCUCUACUUUUGUUUGGAAAUAUGGAUUAUCCAUUAAUUGAAAUAAAAUUCUGUUG